UUGCAUGACAAGAUUUUAGGAAUUUGUAAUCGAAAGGCUUUGAAUUAGUGGUGGUGACUUCCAAGUUUUCUUAAGAAAAGUUUGAUAGUAUUAUUACUAUAAAGUUAUAACUAAGAAUGGCUGAGAAGAAGAAGGAAGGUGAACCAGAAGUGGAAGAAGAAUUCUCUGUGGAGAAAGUACUGGACAGGCGUAUUCGGAAUGGCAAGGUGGAGUAUUUUUUAAAAUGGAAAGGUUACACGGAUGCUGACAACACAUGGGAACCCGAGGAGAAUCUUGACUGCCCAGACCUCAUCCAAGCAUUUGAGGAAGCAAGGAAAAAAAAAGAAGCAGAGGGCAAAGUGUCUAAAAUUGAAAAGGAUGCUAAAAAGCGCAAGUCGUCUGCAGCAACUCCAGACUUGAAAGGUGCCAAAAAAAGCAAGAGUGAUGACAAGAAAGCUUCAGGCUUUGACCGGGGCUUGGAGCCAGAGAAAAUUAUUGGUGCGACAGACAGCAGCGGCGAGCUGAUGUUCCUAAUGAAGUGGCAGGGUACAGACGAGGCUGACUUGGUCCCCGCAAAGCAGGCCAAUGUGCGCUGCCCGCAGGUCGUCAUCCAGUUCUACGAGGAGCGGCUGACGUGGCACACGCCCGCGCCCGACGAGGCCAACAAUGAAGAUUAAAUUAAGGAGCAACAAUAAACAUGAUAUCAUCAUCACUGUCUUCAAGGAAUUUGUAUGAGCAAUAUUUGUGAAACAAAAAGUUUGUGAAUGAACAGAAUAAUUUUAGUGGUGUUUAAUAGCAAAUGCUUAGCCUAGGCGCAGACCACUGAUUUUUAGUCGGCCGAUAGUUGGGCCCGAUUCUGAUUUGUAUGAAGAGUCGGCCGAUCAAUCGGUGAAAUGUGCGCACUUUCAUACAUCUCCAUACUGAUUAACUGAUCGAAUAAAGUAACGACCGCCCGACGAAAAAUCGGUGGUUUGCGCCUAGGCUAAACAUAUUGAGAAAAUUACUGUAUUGACAUAAGACGGUGUUGAUUGAUUAAAAUAAUUUUGUGACAUCUGCAGAUAAGUUAAUUUGUUAAAUAUUGACUGCUUGGCACACAUUGAUUAAAAGAAACUCAUCGAGAAGCUUGAAUAUUUUGAAACCAUAAUAAUAAUUUGUUAUUGUUGCACUGUCUGUACAGAAUUAUUUGAUUGUUUUGUAUAAUUAGAUAAGUCGGACGGUGGCAAUAGUUUAUGGAAAAGUAGAAAGAAUAGUAUAAGUAUACUUAAAUAAAAUAUGCGUUAGAAUAGAAAGGUAUGGAACAGUUAAAAUGAUUUUCUGACUACACAAUGGCAUUGGCUGUUAGAUUGUGAGCUAUCACAUCUUUGAGAAGUUGGUAGAGAUAUUGAAUGAGAACGUAAAUGUUUUCGUUGUAAGUACAGUUCCAGACUUGUAAGUUUUUAUAACGCGAUAAAUGCAUCCGACUAAUGUCUGUUAUCUAGAUAGUGAACUGAAAAUUGGCCCUAUGUUAAUUGAAAAUUGAACCUUCUGUUGUUUUCUAGUACAGUCUUAAUUCUGUCAGUUAAUUGUACUGUAGAGAGAAACCAGCGAUGUUAACAU